AUGAUACUGCGGCAUUUUCGUCAGUCCCCGCUUGCCUGGUCGCAUCGCGAUGCUAUCCGACGUCGGCCAAGCUUAUCGUUCAACCGAGCACGCCAGCUCUCCGCAUCAAACAGCUUCCCAACUUCGUCCCAGUUUAAAAGAUCGGACUUCUCAGGUCAACCGUUUACCGGUAUCUAUGAGACUGGACUUCCAACUUCCGGUCCACUCGGUUCAACACCUGCAUUCGGCGCACAACGCAUUACGCCGAAGGUGCUAAAACAGUAUCUUGAUCAGUAUGUGGUGGGGCAGGAUCGCGCAAAGAAGGUAUUGAGUGUGGCGAUAUACAAUCAUUAUCAGAGGGCUCAGGAGGUACAAAGACGUGAAGAGGAGGCUGAAGAGCUCCUGGCUAAACGCCAGCGGAGGGAAUCGCUCGAAGGCCACCCCUUGGAAGAUGAGUUUCCUGGUCAGCAACAUAUUACUGGAUAUUCAGCUACCGCUAAAUUCCGAGUCACACAUCCAUUUGAUCAAGCUGCGCUUGAAGACACAACGCCGCUGCAGUUAGAGAAAUCCAAUAUAUUGGUAUUGGGUCCGUCUGGUGUUGGAAAGACCUUGAUGGCGAAGAGUCUCGCUAGCGUUCUCUCAGUACCAUUCAGCAUAUCCGAUUGCACGCCAUUUACACAAGCGGGUUAUAUUGGUGAGGACGCUGAAACAUGUGUCCACAGGCUUUUAGUCGCUGCAAAUUACAAUGUGGAGCAAGCGGAGCGUGGGAUAAUCGUUCUGGAUGAAGUAGACAAGAUCGCAGCAUCCAGAAUCACCCAUGGCAAGGAUGUUGGUGGUGAGGGAGUUCAACAGGCACUACUGAAGAUCAUCGAAGGUACCACGAUUCAAGUCCAGGCUAAACCUGAAAAGAAUCCCAGGGCAAGCAGCCCUCCAAAUAGCUAUCCCUCUAACAGCCCACUGGGAAAUACACCAUUUCAACCCCAGAAUGGUAGUCCUUCCAAGGGCGAGGUGUACAAUGUGCGUACAGACAACAUCUUGUUCGUGUUAUCGGGUGCCUUUGUCGGCCUAGAUAAAGUCGUCAUGGACCGGAUAUCACGUGGCUCUAUCGGGUUCGGCCAACCCGUCCGAGCAUCUUCGGGUUCAGGUGACGGGUCAAAUGGCCUACAGACUGAGCCUCAGCCAAUCCUUCCAGGAUCCGAAGAAGAGACACUCUACAAGAAACAUCUUCCCUUCUUCACCUCUGCAUCUCCCACAGGCCCAGGCAACGAGCCAACCUACUUCAACGCACUCGACCUACUAACCCCAGCAGAUCUACAAACGUACGGAUUCAUCCCUGAGCUUAUUGGCAGGAUCCCCGUAACAGCUGCCCUAGCAACCCUAACACAACCUCUACUUCUGCGUAUCCUAGCCGAACCCCGAAACUCCCUCGUUGCACAAUACACAGCUCUCUUCUCACUCUCGGGAAUUGAAUUACGAUUUACCACACCGGCGUUACAUAAGAUUGCUGUAAAUGCGUUCAAGAUGGGUACCGGUGCACGUGCUCUACGCACGGAGAUGGAAACUAUUCUCAGCGACGCAAUGUUUGAAGCACCUGGCUCGAGCGUCAAAUUCGUUUUGGUGACUGACGCGGUGGCUGCCCGUGAAGAGAAACCGAUUUACCUCGCCCGCGGUCAGGGGGGUAAGUUUCAUGCUAUGAUAUCUGCGGAAGAAAGCGAGUGGGAGGAGAAAACGCGCCGCGAGCAAGCAUCGAACUUCCAGGAAUAUCGGAAGAAAGCGAUUGGAUAG